AUGUAUCACCAGGUUUUAGUUCCAGAAGAGGACCAAGAUGCCUUCCGAUUUUUGUACCGAUCACCGAACAGCACGUCGCCACCGCUCACCUACAGGAUGACAGUCCAUGUCUUUGGAGCCGUCUCGUCGCCAUCAACCUACAAGGCAAUCAAAUGGGCCCGCCAGCUAAAGGAACUGUUGCAGCUGGGUGGUUUUAAUCUCACCAAGUGGUCGUCGUCAUCAAGAAAGGUCCUAGCAGCGCUUAAACCACUAGGCCUGGCAAAUCCAAAACUGGAUUUAGACCUAGACAAAUUGCCCAUGGAUCGUGCCCUGGGGAUCCUUUGGGAUAGUGAAAUCGACGCGUUCACUUUCAAGGUGGGAGAAAGGGUCCAGUUACACGCCACACCUACAAAAAGAAAUCUCGUAAGUGUGGUGGCUACAGUAUACGAUCCGCUUGGAUUCGUUGCUCCAAUGGUGUUCGCAAUGAAGAUGCUGAUUCAAGAGGUAUGGCGAGCCAAACUAGAUUGGGAUGAAGAGCUGCCCGAACCUUUGAAAUGCCAAUUUCAAAAAUGGUGUAAGGGUUUGUCGAACCUAGCACGCAUCACAAUUCCGCGAUGCUUAGUAAAGGAAGAGCGCCCAACAACCCAGCAAGUGCACAUCUUUGCCGACGCCAGUCAACUAGGGUUUGGUGCAGUCGCAUGUGUACGAACAACUUACACAAGUGAAAGGGUUGGCGUAUCUUUCAUCAUGGCCAAAACGCACGUCGCGCCGUUAAAACAGCUUUCGAUUCCUCGGCUCGAACUUCAAGGAGCCGUCGAAGCUUUACACCUGGCCAUAAUAAUUUGCCGUGAGAUGAACCUGGAUCUGAGCCAAAUAACGUUUCACGUCGACUCUCAAACAGUACAAGCGUCUCGAUGUCCAACCAUCGUCCGUGGUGAGAACCGCACUUCCACUCCCGUCCUGGCCUGUGGUCUGUGA